AUGAUGAAAUCUAUUCCACCUAUGUUUGCUAUUCUAAUUUCCUCGUUAGCAAUAUUGACACAAACUGAUGCUGCUAUCGAACAUGCUAAAUUAUCUGACAAAAGUCAUGAACCAAAUUGGUUAACUAAUUCUCAUCGCCAUCGAAUUGACAUAUUUAAAAAAUGGCUUGGAAAUAAACCGAUUGGUAGUGCAUCAAGUGAACGUUCUUCAUUAUCACCCUAUGAUGUUUUACAUCCAACCCAUCAAUUUAAAGGAUGUAUUGAUCCAUCGGAACCAUUUCAAUGUCCACAAAGUGAACGAUGCAUUGCUCUUCAAUUUAUUUGCGAUGGUCAUCCAGGUGAUUGUCCAGGAAAUCUGGAUGAAAAUGAAGAAACAUGCAUCGCAGCUAAACGACCAGCUAAAGAAAAUAUUGAAAAAUUCCUUCAAGCUGAAUAUGCAUUACAUGGUCUGAAAUUAUUUACAUUUUUAUUUGGUCAUAAAAUUUCGAAAAGUGUCGAAGAAAAUAGUCCAUUCUGGUUUGAUACAUUGGCAUCAGCAUUUUCAGUGGCAAAAACAAUUCGUAAUUUUGCUGAAAAAACUCACAUGUCUUCGGCUGAACUUGAACAUUUUCGAAAUAUUAUGCAAAUGAUACAUGAUGGUCGUUUAGAAGAAAUUCCAAUUUUUGCACAAGAAGCAGUCAAUCAAGGUCUUGCAUCAUUGGUCGAAAAACUAUAUGAAUCUGGAUUUAUGGAUCAAUAA